CACAACACCACGGAGCACGGCUGGGAUAUUUUUGUUAAUACACCAUCGGGGAUGCCCAACAUGCUGCUGUCCCUGAUCAGUGUCAUUGUCACUUUGUGGGUCUCCCAGGCUCAUGGACAAGAAACAACCUGUGAUCCUCCAACUAUUGCUCAUGGUCUCUACACACAGAACAGGACCAAAUACAGACUGGAAGAUGUAAUCACAUACCGCUGUGACAAUGGCUUUUCUCCUUUAACCCGAAGGAAUGAGACAAGAUGCACUGAUGGAGGCUGGGCACCUCCUCCCAGAUGUAUCCUUAAGUCUUGUGAAUUUCCAGAAAUAAAACAUGGAGUCCUCUAUAGGGAAGACGUAUACAGAAAACAUUUUCCCACUCCUGUGGGACAAUGGUAUUACUAUGCCUGUGAGGACUACUAUGUGACUCCUCUCACACAGCUGAACUGGGCUACGAUCACUUGUACACCAGAGGGAUGGUCUCCUAAGGUUCCCUGCCUCAGAAAAUGUGUUUUCAAUUAUUUGGAGCAUGGACAUUCCCCACCUGAUGGACAAACAUAUUUACAGGGUCAGUCUGUAAGCGUUACCUGCCAUCCUGAUUACAGUCUCCCAAACCAGCAGACCACAAUGACGUGUAUGGAGAAUGGUUGGUCGCCUCCUCCCAAAUGCAUCAAAAAGAAAGCUCCUCCAAGAUACAAUCUGUUUAUGAUUUUCUGAAUCCAAGACUUAUCUCUGUGGAAAGUAUUAUGUAUCAAAUCUCAAGCUGAGUGUAUCAAGGCUUUUUUGUCUUAAAGGCAUAAAUGCAAUUCCACUCUAAUUGUGUCUAAGCACUUUUAAAUUUUUAAUAAUCAAUAGAUUAUGUCACUUUAUUGAAGUAAGUAACAGUAGAACUAUUCAUCAUGAA